UAUGGAAACGCAAAACAAAUAGGAUGGCACUUCUGUAUAAAGAUCCAGCGGUUCCCGACACACGAUCAUUCUGCUCUGACACAGAUCCAGAACCGAUUCAACCACCAGCCACAAUGACCAUGAAGUGUGUUCUUGUUGCUGUUUGCGCACUGGCUGUGCUUGUCUCCAACUGCGAUGCUGCUUGUUCCGCUACUCCUACCUGUACUGCUGCUACCGACUGCGCGACGGCUCUCACCUACAAGACAUGUAUUAUAACUGAGUACAACAAGUGCGCAACGGACGGCACAGAAGAUGCAGCUAGACUUACUCUCUAUGGCGUUUACGAACCCGCCUCUGUCAUCUACAGCGCUGUGUGUGGUGCUGAGGCUAUUGCUUUCUCAGUGGUGACUGGAGUCAUCGCGGUCAUCGCCUCCUUCAUGUUUUCUAAGUGAACCACCUCCCCCUGCUUCCCCUCCUCCACUGACAACGUCCUCCCCUCCUCCACCGACAACGUCCUCCCCUCCUCCACCGACAACGUCCUCCCCUCCUCCACC